CGCUGACCGUGCCGGGGCGGUGUGGCUGGAUCUUCAAGCACCAGACUUGGGGUGGGGGCGAGUUGAUUCGGCGUGUUUAGGGCAUUGGUUGAGUUGUGUGCGUGUGGGGCAGGCUUUUAGGAAAGGGCAAGGAAGUGUUUGGACGAGACGUGUACGAGAUGGCGUCGCGAGAUGAGUUUUUGGCCAGCCUGGCCGCUGGAGCUGGGGCAGGCAUCGUGGUGGAUGUAACCAUGUACCCCAUUGACACCAUCAAGACCAUGUUGCAGAGCAAUAAGUCACUCAAGGAUGUUGGUGGUAUCCGUGGCAUGUACCGAGGUAUUAGCAGUGCCGCGGCGGCCUCGGCACCCUGUGCCGCAACCUUUUUUGGCACCUACGAGUUCACCAAAGCUGCCCUCACCAACGAGUUUGGGGAGGCAUAUGCCCCUCUUUGUCACAUGACUGCUGCCUCGGCGGGCGAGACGGCCGCGGCCGUCAUUCGUACCCCCUUUGAGAUUGUUAAGCAACAACUGCAGGCUAAAAUCCACGACCGGCCCACCACGGCCGUGCGCCACAUCUGGCAAACGCAGGGUUUCAAGGGCUUUUUCAAUGGCUAUUUCUCCCUGGUUCUGCGCGAGGUGCCCUUUUCUUUCAUCCAGUUCCCCUUGUAUGAAAAAUUCAAGCAUCUACUGGCCGAGCACGUAGCCAACACGACAGUGGCAGAUCUUCCACCUUUCUUUGGCUCCUGUGCAGGUGCUGCUGCCGGUGGCAUUGCGGCUGCCAUCACCUGCCCACUUGAUGUGGUGAAAACGCGCAUCAUGGUCAACUCGGACUCACGGGGCAUGGGUGCCGUUUUGAUGGAGACGUACCAGCGUGAGGGCAUGGCAGCACUUUUCUCAGGCCUGGCUCCUCGUGUGGCCUGGAUUACCAUUGGUGGUUUUGUUUUCUUUGGGGCUUACGAGAGCUGUCGCAAGAUGCUGACUCAAAAGCCCGCAGCAUAGUGACUUUGCCGUUUGGCUUUCUUUUGGUGUUGUUUCUCCCCGAGCAUUUCUCCCACCGCAUCCCUGCCUGUUCCUCCUCCUCUUCUGCACUGCGCUCUUUGACUUAGAUGUAGGCUUGAUAUUCUUUGUGGCGGGGGUUAGGGUUGGUUGGUUAUUGCUUUUCAGCCUGAGAGGUUCGAGUGCGUGGUUUCGUUCCACGCUUUGCGUUGCCUCUGGCUGCCAGAACUUGCAUUGCAAAUCGAUUCGGCCGUAU